UUGCACCAGCAGCUAUCUGAAACAUUUUGAGCACACGGGCUUACACUCAGAGUUAGCACGUCUCUCUCACUAAUAGUGCUCCUCACAGACAGGCUUAACCUACAGAAUAUCUGCAUAAAAUUUGAAACUGCCACUAACAGACACAGUCACCUGCUGGGAUUGGGAUUAUCAGCCAUGUUAUCCUUAAAGAGCAAAGACAUCUGAAGGUCGUCCCAGCAGUCUUUUGUGAAUGCCUCAGAGAGAGCCGCACAUACUGGAAUAGCUGGGAGAAUGUUUCUGUUGGCCGGAAGCAAAGGAGCUCAAGGAUCAGGAAGUGAGAGAAGCAGGACCAUUUAUCAGAAGAUUCGUGAGUAUGAUGUUUUGGAAAAGAGGAUGACAAUCACAGCGCUAAAGGCUGGAGAGGACAGAGCCAUUCUCUUGGGCCUCAGCAUGAUUCUUUUCUCUGCCCUGAUGUACUUUGUGCUAGGCAUCACAAUGGUGCGCUCUUACUCAGACAGCGUUUGGACAGAGGUUUCAAACUGCACAGUGCUGAACUACAGUAUAGUUGCUGAGAUUAACUGUAGCUACAGUUGCGGCUCAGAGUGCAGGAAGAGCUCCAGGUUUCCCUGUCUUAAGGUAUAUGUCAGUCUGAAUUUCACCGGCAAAGUUCUGCAGCUGUCAUACAAUGAGGAGGCCCAUGAGGCCCACCCUGAGUGUUUUUACAUCCCAAAGUGCCGCAAGGAUCAUGCACUGAUGCACAGCAUUGUGAUGAACAUCUCAGAGCAACUGAAGACGCACCAACAGGUUUUGUGUUACUAUGACCCCUCAGAGCAGCAGGACAGUGUCCUCCUGACACGUCUCUAUGGCCGCGGGGCCAUCAUUAGCUCUCUCCUCUGGCCCACAUGCACGCUGGUGGCGGGCACGCUCAUCAUUGCAAUGGUGAAGCUCACUCAGUACCUAUCCUUCCUGUGCAAGCAGAUCAGCCGCAUUAAAAGGAUGGGGCUCUACCCCCUAACAGGAGCUUCUCACACCAGGGUCUGCACUCGAAAGUUUAAUGGCUGCAUCCAGGAUAGGGUUUGAAUGGAGGUGGCCACGUGCAAAUUUGUCAACGGACAUGUUUUCUACCCCUACGUAAAU